AUGGCUGCUAACUGGACUACCGCGUCCGACGCGCAUCUUCGCGUGGAGGAUAUCGACUGGGGCUCCGCAGGUGGCGAUGACAUGUUCACCUCCAAUGCCGAUGACCUACUGAUGUCAGACCCCCGCGCGGUUCGCCGUGCCGAAACGGCACCGAUGGUCCUGACUAUCAUGGGCACAGGGGGCUCUCUCUGUGUCGGAGGUUUCGAGGAGGAGGUGAACCCAGACGAGGAGUACCGCUACACGGAGGAUUACCACCAAUUGUACUACUCCAAGAACCCACGUGACCCCCGUAUGCUGCCGCCGUUGACGCGGCGCCGCCACCACCUCGUGCGUGAGGCUCGCGCACCGGGUGCGUUCGCGGUGUCGAGCGGCGACAGGCAGUCUGUCUCCACCACGAAUGGUGCUGUUGGCGACCGUGUUGAGAACGAAGAGCGCGACUGUAAUACCGCUGCCACUGCCGCUGCCGCCCCGGAGGCGACCGAACACCUCUCUUCACAGGCACUCGUGAAGCUCUACGUUGACACCUUCCGCCCUGACUGGGAUUACGCGCAGAUCAAGACCCACGUUUGCACCUUCAGCCGGGACCAGGACGGAAGCCGUCUCGUGCAGCGCCUGCUAGAGAAGCCGGAGAACAUUGUCUCCAUCUUUAACGAAGUUAUUGAAGAGUUUGGGGAGCUGGCGACCGAUGUGUUCGGCAACUACGUGUUGCAGAAAAUGUUUGACGUGGUGCCCAAGGCCGAGAACGACGCCAACGCGCUUCCGGAGAUCAAGGAGGCGAAGAUGCUGGACCGCCUCACGGCGAAGGUGCGUGGCCACCUGCUCGAGUACUCUGUGCAGACAUACGGCUGUCGUGUUAUGCAGAAGGCGGUCGAGAACAUGCGCGCUGCCGACCGCAACGCCAUCAUCCGUGAGCUGGAUGGGAAAGUCGUGGACUUUGUCUUUGAUCAAAAUGCGAACCACGUGGUUCAGAAGGUCGUCGAGGUAUGCCCUUCGGCCGCGCAGUUCGUGGUGGACGCCUUCAUUCCGUCUCUGGGCGACCUAGCCUGCCACGCCUACGGCUGCCGCGUGCUGCAGCGCACCUUCGAGAAGUGCCACGACGUGGAGGGGGUGAACAUUCGUCCGCUUAUGGAGGCAGUGCUGAGCCGUGUAAACGAGUUCACGGUGCACCAAUACGGUAACUAUGUCGUGCAGCACGCCAUGCUCAAUGCGCCCGAGGAUCUGCGCCACCGCUUUGUGGUGCAGCUGACGCCGCAGCUAUAUGCGCUGUCGUGCAGCAAGUUCGCCAGCAACGUUGCCGAGCGCAUCGUGACGACGGCGACCGAGGAGGAACGUGACGCCAUCAUCAAAGAGCUGAAGAAGCCCCUGAGCGACUUCCAGGGCGGAAACUACCUAGUGAACAUGAUGCAGGACACCUACGCAAACUACGUUGUGCAGCGCUUCUUUGAAGCCGUCUCGCCCACGCAGCGCGAGGUUAUCAGUGAGCUCGUGCAGCCCCACAUCGGCACCAUCAAUCAGUCCGUCUACGGCCGCCACCUGCUGCGCAAGAUGGUGUCGAACAACAUUCUCACGAACACCUUCCUUCUCAGUCAAGGCAUAGACGUUAGCGGCCCCGAGUACGGCGGAAAUGCGAACAACAACGGCCACCGCAGUGGCGGCCACCGAAACAGCGCCGGCGGCACCAACGGCAGCGACAACCGCCACAACGGCGGCGGCUCUACGGGAUACGCCAACCGUAAUGGCAAUGGCCGCGACAACCGUUCAGGCGGUGGCGUGGGCAGCAGCAGCGGCGGCAACAACAACGGCAGCGGCAGUCGUGCAGGUCGUGGCGGGCGUGGCGGUAACAACAACCAGCACGGCGACGGCAAAAACAGCGCCAUGCGAAACAACGGUGGCGGCAACCCAAACAGCAUGCUAGUCUUACAGCCGCAGCUGCAGCUUCAGCAGCCACUCAUGGCCGGGUACAUGCCCAUACCGCAGCAGUAUCCGUAUGGAACCCCCUAUGGCAUUCCUCAGCUGCAGCAACAACAGCCCCAGGCGCCGCAGCAGGCGUACAUGUACCCCGCCACAGCCGCCGCUCCGCAGCUGUAUCAGCCGCAGCAGGCGUACAUUCCGCAGAUAGCGCCUAACGGCUUUGGCGCAUUCGCUGGUGCGGCGGCCUUCUCAGCGCCGAUGCCGCCUCAACAGCAGGCAGGCAACUAUUCUCUCCGGUAUGGUGCCCCGAUGCAGCCGUCGACGCCAGCGUCCCAAUCACUGCAGCCGCCGGCUCAGCAGCAACAGCAGUCGACUCGCCGUGGUGAUGCGCAGUCUCCGCAGGUGUACGUGAACGGCGGCUACAACGGCGCAGGCCAGGCACACCAGCAGCAGCUGUCGCCGAACAGCGGCCUUUUCCCUGCGUCUCAGCAGCAGCAGCAGGUGUUUCAGGCGAACAGUGACCUCGCCGACACCACCCUUGCCCCUGGCAAGGGGGGCUGCUCAGGGAAGGGAAACACUGGCGCUGGCGUGAGCAGCGCCAGCCACGCUAACGCGACAAGCAGUGACAAGGCUUGUGCCAUUCUUGCCAACAAUACCACUAGCAACCAGCAGCGGGCCGGCUACGGCAACCAGCGCACCCUGCAACAGGAGUUGGGCUACUAG